UCAGUGUUUACGAACGCCGAUUUUUCUUUGUUUUUGCCUUGCGGAAAGCAUAAAACAUUAGAGAAAUUCUUAAACAUAUUAUUAUAUAUUGUUUAUUAACGCAUAAGGAAAAUUGAGGAUCAAUUCAUUGCAUGGGAUCAUUUUAUUUACAUAAUUUGUUCUCUUUUGAUUAAUUUUUUCUAAACACUUUGUUUUCAUGUAUCAAGGUUAUGUUCUUACAUCGAGAUGUGUGUGAAAGUCGUUCAUUAGCGGUGCAUUAUAUCUCAUCAUUAUAGAAGAUCAUUGUGAUACAUCAUAUAUUGUGUAUGUGUGCGUACAUAAGUAUGUAUGUGUGAAUCAUAGGCUUUGCACAGCUUUACACAUCGCGACUGCUCGCAAUCACUCGCCGUGCUGCGCGAAAGCAGUUGUCAACGCUGUCAGAUUUCGAGCGACUACAAAACCCUCAUCGUUGUUACCAAGCCGUUCUAUCGCCCUGGUUGUGAGCACAAGACGUGAUAUCAUGGAAAAAUGUGAGACACCUGUUUGAGACGGACACAUCUUUCUCGAAGAAAGUACGCGGCUAUACGCGAAUAAUAAACGAGCCGCGAUAAACCGCGGUUAUGUUUUUUUAUGGCAGAGCGGUUUAACGACAAUGGCGGCAACGUCCCCGUCAAAGCGGAGACUUCAGAAGGAAUUGAUGUCUUUAAUACGUGAGCCUCCACCAGGGGUACACGUAGAUGGAGAACUGGCUGGACAGAAUUUAACACAAUGGAUUGUUCAUAUGGAGGGUGCCAAAGGCACGCUGUAUGAGGGGGAACAGUUUCAGCUUCAAUUUAAAUUCAGUUCCAAAUAUCCAUUUGAUUCGCCAGAAGUGACUUUUAUCGGUGGAAAUAUCCCAAUACAUCCACAUAUUUAUAGCAAUGGUCAUAUUUGUUUAUCCAUAUUAACAGAAGAUUGGUCUCCUGCUCUAAGUGUGCAAAGUAUCUGCUUGAGUAUUGUUUCCAUGCUAAGCAGUUGUAAAGAGAAGAAAAGGCCACCUGACAAUACAUUCUAUGUGAAAACUUGCAACAAAAAUCCAAAAAAGACAAAAUGGUGGUAUCAUGAUGACAGUGUCUAAUAUUGAAGAUUGCAAAAAUUUUACCAACAUAGAAAGAUUGUUGGACCAAGUGGGCUAAUAUUCAAACCUGAUGCAUUAAAUUAAUAGAAUUUUGCAUAUAAUAUGGUAUAGUGAUUUUAUCAUGACAGGAAAUUAUAUGCGUAAUUUUAAGAAAAACAAGGCUACAACCUACUUACUAUUGUAACAUUAGAAAUCAUAUAAGUUGUCAUGAUGUAAAUCAUGCAAGUCGUUUAAUUAUUACGAUGUUGCUGAUAGUGAUACAUAAUUAUGGUUAAAUAGAAUUAUUAUUGGUAAUAGAAAUAUUAUCAAUAAUUCUUUAUGCUGAAAAGAGAGACAGACAUAACAGGUAUUAAUUUAUUAAUAAUAUAUUAAUAUAUGAAGUGAGGUUUCUCUUUCUUGUUACUCCAAAUUUAUGGAGAUUCCUGAUAAGGAUGUGAUUCCUGUACGUUAAAAUCAUUAAAUAUAUUUAGAAAUCAUGAAAAAAAUAAUGGUAAUAUUACUGCUGCAUAUAUGUAUAUUUAUAUACAUAUAUAUGCAUUCUACUGAUAUACUUGCUACACAUUCUAAGAUUCACUUUUACUAUGUUACCUUCGAUAAAACGUGAUAAUUCCUAUACAAAAUAGUACACAUGUGUAGAACUGUAUUUUAUUCAAAAUAAUGUUAUACGUUUUAAUUAUAUAAGUUAGAUGCUAGAUUAAUACUACGUUAUGUAAUGAUGUCCUUUUACGUUAACAACAUUGAAUUUAAUAAUUUUUUUCUUUUUUUGUAAAAUUACAGUUUUCAAUGCAAUUUCAUUACAUUAAAUUAUUUUUUUCAGUAAGUUGCCUGAGACUAUUACUUAGAUAAAUGUGUUAAUGCUAUUUAAUAUAAAAUGUGUUUGAAAAACUAGUAAAAAUUGUUAUAGGAAUCCUUACUUACAUUACAUUUUUUAGCGUUAGCACUUGCAAUAAACUCGCAAUUUCAAUUUAAGUAUGUGAUAUCACGCUACAACUAUGCUUUUCACUCCUCAUAAAUUUGUAUUUGAAAGAGAAAGUUUUAAUCCUUGCUUUAAUGAAACAGGGUAUACCAGUGGAAGUAAUAUAAAUUGUGUUUGAGAUAAAUUGUGACAAAGCCGCAAUGUUGAUAAUACUGGUAAUUGGCAUCUAAAAAUAAUCAUAAAUUUUUAUAUAAUGUCACAUAAUGUCAUAAUUACAUGUUUUAUGUUAUUUUUUGUACAUUUAGUAAAUUGUAAAUUGUACAAUGACAAUGAUAUUAAAUUUCUUAAUAACUUCUAAUCUUUUUAAUUAUUUAUUUGUUGUACCUUAAACACUAUGUGAUUUUUUAUAAGAAUAGUCAUAUCACAUUUUGCUACGUUUACUUAUCAUUUUCAUUCACAUGUGAAAUUGCAAUUAUUUCAUUAGAAACAUUUUAUCAGGAGACGCGGUAGUGUCUCCAGUCAGGUAUAAAAUGUUUCUAUUGAAUUAUAAUUAUUGCUCUAUAUUGUAACAUAAUAAUAUCGUAAUAAGACAUGUCCAAUAUUGUUUACUAUUUAGAUAUUGCUUUGAAAAAAAUAUUUAACAUAUGCUUUCAAUUUAUUUUUGCACGAGAAAGCUUUUUUGACUAUAUCACAGCUUUAGCUAUAAUCUAUAUAUAUGUAAUUUAUAAUUAUAUAAAAAAUAUAAAUAUAAAAUAUUACUUUAUACAUUUGAUGACAAUGUAUUUGAGAAAGAGUGUGACGAAUUAUUAGGUUAUGAUAUAGAACCUAUCCUAUCAUUAAUGAAUGAUAGCACAGAGGAAGAUACUGAUUGAGGCUGUAGAAUUAUCAUCUUAUAUGUAUUUGUAUUUGUCACAUACGUAUAUACUUUUUAUUGUGAAAUCAUCACGCGUAUUUAAUCACAUGUUUUCAUUUAUUGUUAGCUUGUUGUGAUCAAUUCGCUUAAGAUCAACAAUUUUUACAUUAUUCAAUAAAAUAUUUUCUGCAAAAUAUCACGAACGUAUUAAAUGCAUGUAUUUCACUUCACAAUCUCACUAUAUGCAAAAUGAUAUGUAUAUAGUUGUAUCAUUGCAUUUCUUUUGAAAAAUAUGAAACAUUUAUCAAAAUACUUUUCCAGAAAAGAUAACAUUUGGUUUUAAAAUACAUUUAUAUAAUCGGAAUAAUUUGUUUCCAAACAAGUUUCUUCUUGUGAUAUUCUUCCCUUUUAUUUAAUUAUUGAAAAUAUACAGCUUCGGAACCGGAAAUUCAUAAUUGCAAUAUAUAUUUUCUACAAUAAAAUUAUAUUAAACAAUAAAAAC